GGCUGGGCAGGGAGUGCCCGGGCUGUGUAUACUAUGAGCAGUGCUGGGGAUUUGCAGUUGGUUCCUAUAGCAGAGGCCGCGCAGCUAGUGACCAGCCCGCAGCCCAUGGCUGAUAACCGGGACUCUGAGAUGAAGCGUCACCGGAUCACAGACAGCUCUGGAGAGCAGGACACCGGGCUCGGAUGCUGUGGUUGGGUUCUGGUCAUUGUGUCAUUCUUCCUCAUUCUCAUCACAUUUCCCAUAUCAAUAUGGAUGUGCAUAAAGAUUGUGAAGGAAUACGAACGUGCGAUCAUUUUCAGGUUGGGGCGUAUUCUGCGUGGAGGCGCAAAGGGACCAGGUAUGUUCUUCAUCGUCCCCUGCACGGACAACAUCAUUAAAGUGGACAUGAGAACCAUCUCGUUUGACAUUCCACCCCAAGAGAUUCUGACGAAAGACUCUGUGACCGUCAGCGUGGAUGGUGUUGUCUACUACCGAGUCCAGAACGCCACUAUGGCGGUGGCUAAUAUCACCAAUGCAGACUCCGCCACCCGCCUGCUAGCCCAGACCACUCUCAGGAAUGUUUUGGGCACUAAAAACCUGUCGCAGAUCCUCUCCGACAGGGAGGAGAUCGCCCACAGCAUGCAGUCUACCCUCGAUGUUGCCACUGAUGAUUGGGGUAUCAAGGUGGAGCGCGUGGAGAUUAAAGAUGUGAAAUUGCCGGUUCAGCUGCAGAGGGCGAUGGCAGCUGAAGCUGAGGCCACUCGGGAAGCCAGAGCCAAGGUUAUUGCAGCGGAGGGUGAAAUGAACGCGUCCCGUGCGCUGAAGGAAGCGGCGAUCGUUAUCUCGGAGUCUCCUGCCGCCCUGCAGUUGCGUUACCUCCAGACGCUGAACACCAUCGCUGCGGAGAAGAAUUCCACCAUCAUCUUCCCCCUGCCCAUUGACCUGCUGCAAGGACUCAUGGGAAGCAGGAAGUGAUUCUCCGGCCCAGGCACGGCCCUCCUGGAGGAGGGUUUCUCUAGCUCCGUAUCCAAGUUAAUGUAACCUGGAGGGAAUUGCAGAAGCCAUAGCAUUGCCGUUUUCUCUUAUUAGGUCAGAUCACAUCAUUUAGGGGUCUAUUUACUAAGCCUUGGAGAGAGAGAUAAGGUGGACAGAGAUAAAGUACAAGUCAACCAGCUCCUGCCAUUUUUUCCAAACAGCCUGUAACAUGGCAGCUGGGAGCCGAUUGGCUGGUACUUUAUCUCCGUGCACUUUCUCUAUCACCACGGCUUAGUAAAUAGACCCCUAAGAAAUGCUGUUGUGCGAGACCGUAAGACCAUGGGCCACUGUGCUUAGUUGUAGAGCGGAAGAUUGUCAUUUUAAUUGUUCUAAUGUUUGUCAAAUAAAAAUGUAGAAGUUUGCUAAAGUUCACCCGCUAGCUCACGUAAGGCGUCCAGAUGGUCAGAUUGCACUAAGACCACAUUGUCCAACCAGAUUGGCAGAACUGGCUCCAAAUGGAGCAGAUGACUGCAAUGUGCGCACUCUGCCAUUAAAUGCCCAAUUUUAGUAUACUCCCUGUAAGGCUCAUAUAUACCACGAUCACUGGGCAGCCCGUGUAUACAGGUAGAUGAUUUCGGACUUCUUAGGCCUGCGACAUCUCCGGUCCAAGCGGCAGACGUGCAUCUAACGGUCACGGAUAGUAUGACUGGCUCAGAGGUGGGAGGUUCCGCUGAGCAAGAUUAAGGUUUCGGGGUUAUUUUAUGGCAGCACCUACUGAGCCUUAGUAAAAGUGCGCGGUCUUAGGCCAGGUUAGUGGGAGAAGUCUGCUUGCCAAGUACAUACAGUGCAGCGGACGUACUCUAUCUUUUGAUAGAGCCAUAGGGUCCUCUGGACCAAGACACUUAAUGUACCCCUAUAUACACUGUAUAUCCCAAGCGUCAUUGUAAAACAUGCAGAAACAAAACCAACACAUUUCAUCCUUUUUAUAAUAUGUUUCUACUGUUGCCUUGCGGAUUUUUUUAAUAAAAUAUUUUUUUUUCUGUAUACCUCAUCAGAAGUAUAUUCUUACAGAAACUGAUUGCUUAUAUUUUGCUAACUUUCACUAGGUUAAUAUAAAUUUUUAAAAAAAGUUUUCAUGUUCCAUUUUGUUGUAAAAUACAAGUUUUUUCUUCUACGUUGUGUUGUAAGCCAAUCACAUAUUGUUUUUUGUAUUCUCAAAUAAAAGGUUACGAUGUUUC